AUGAAACGCAGUGUUUUGUUUGGAUGGACAUAUGUCACGCUAAGAGCCAGCCCAUAUCAUAUCAUCUCCUGUUUCGUUUCUGCACCGAAGACAUCUCCUAGGUCAAGCAGACCUCUUUCUGUCCUCUCAUCUCAUCCUUUACCGAUUCCUCUUCCCCUUAACUCUUUGCCUCCUCUCUUUAGGGAGGUUUUUCUGGAUCGAGAUUCCUCCACGACUACACUCCAUCAAUACUUCGUUAAACUCAUUCAAUCGAAUGCCACAUCUUGUUCCCACUUUUGUUUCGACUGUGCAACAUCUGUAGGGAAAGAACAGUUUGAAAGAUUGGUUGGUGAUGGAGCCAAUGCGAGUUCCUCUUCAUCAAAAGUGGUCCCUGCACAAAAUUUAGAGCCCGCCGAGGUAACCGGUGUUCAGUCAGAGAAAGAAUGGUCCUAUAUUGGAUGCUCCAAAUGCGCAAAGAAGCUUCAGCGUGAGGUAUCUUGUGGAGUUGACUGUAUGGAUGAUGCUGUCUUUGUAGCAUUUGAUACCGAGAUUGCCAAGUUAACCAACAUUCAAGCAGCUGAGGCUGUCCAGAUUUUGGUAGAUGACCAUGGACCCGAUGACAAUGGAGAUCGUGUGGGAUUAACUGGCAUUGCAAACAAACAGAGAGUUGUCAACGGUGAAAACGUGAAGAAGAAGGCACGCCAGGAGUAG